AAUCAUAUUGGUAAAUUAAUAGUAAUAAAAAUAAAGAAAUCCAAGGUCAGAGGAAUUUUCACAACUUUUUUGUGUGUAUAUAUAGAUAUAGAUAUAUAUCCAGAAUAAACACUUCAGUGUGUGUUGUAAAACAGGAUUUUACAUGCAUGCAGAGUAUAACAAGGUAUUUUCCAUUUAUAUUAUUUAUUUAUUUAUUUACACAUUAACCAUAUACUAAAUGGCCAUAUGUCAGGGAUGAGAAAAAAGACUGUUUCUAUUAAAACAAGAUGGUAUCUAAUCUAUUUAAAAUGUUACUUCCACAAAGAAAAUAGAAAUAGGGCUUGCUCUUAAUUUACACUUAACAUGUUUAGCCCGGAGCAGAACAAGAUUAAACAAGUUAAAGAUAUCUGACUCUUGUUUUAUAUUAAACUCUGCCUUAUAUUCAGUAAAAACAAUAGUUAGUUUAAUAUUUUUUGACAGUCAGAGAAAUUAUAAUCAAUUAACAAGACAAUAAUAACUUACAAAGCUUUGGUUAUCAAUAGCCUAUAUUGAACAGAUCUUUAAAAAUAUGUCAAAUUAAAAAUAAAUGAAAAUUAGUUUGAUAAAACUAGUGUGAGAUCCUCAUUACAAACUUAAAAGCUUCAAAUAAAUAUUUAGUGUGUUUCCUUUAUUUAUUAAUAACAUGUACAAUACAUGCUAGAAAGAGGUACAUUUCUGAUAAUUCACUAUCGUCAAAGAUCGUUUAAAUUUUACAAUUCAGCUAAGAAUUGGUAAUUUUACAUUUUGUGCCUUGAGUUUGGUGUAUCUCAAGUCCACUUUCUUUUACACAACCCAGCCCACCGGAAGUAGGUCAUCUCUGUGCGCGGAACACGUGCAAUGGAGUCGAUGACGUAGAAGUAUGUAGCCAAUUUGCUCACGGGUGUUUUUGUAAUUCAGUAUUUUAAAGAAUUAUGAUGUAGUUUUCCUGAGUUGGUGAAUAUAUUGAGACUGGAUAUCGUCUGGUUGUGUGAAUGAGCCGUGAGAGAGAUUAAUCGGACACGUGUUUAAUCUGAAGACGACUGCACGUGCGACACUAACGAAGAGUAAACAUCACUUCAGUUAUGGCCGUUGUUCGAGAACAAAAGGACUUUUCAAUGGACAAUGAAGUCAUAAGUGCCAGUGAAGAUGAGGAAGGCAGCGAUGAUGAAAGAAAACACAGCAAGCUCCUACAAGCUAUCAGUUCUCUGGGUGGAAAAAGAAGAAAAAACCAGACUGAACGGUCUGAGGCGAGUUUGCAGGUCUCAGAGUUCUUGGUCAAUGCAGAAGGUGCUGGAGACAAAAUUGCACUUUCUGACCUGCUGGGAACCGUUGAGAAGACUCCAGGAGCCUCUAAAAAGACUAAAAAACAGCUGAGGAACCUGCAAAACAGAAAUGAGACUUUGCAGCUUCCCCUUAACAAAGAGCAAACAGAGAAGAUUCAGAGAGGGAUAGCGUAUGAAAAGAGCAGUCGAGAAGUGUCACGCUGGCAGGGCAUCAUAGUGCAAAACCAAAAAGCUGAGCAACUGGUGUUUCCUCUGAACCAGGAGAGCUCGCGACCCAAACCGGUGGAGCAGAUUGUGGCUGGAUGGAAGGCUGAAACCCCUCUUGAACAAGAGAUUUUUAAACUCUUGAACAACAACAGUCAGCCGAUUCAUGAUCCUGUCCUGACUCCCAUCGAAGAGGCUUCACUGAAGGCCAUGAGUCUGGAGGAGGCUAACAUGCGUCGCGCUGAGCUGCAGAAAGCAAGAGCGCUGCAGUCGUACUACGAGGCCAAAGCUAAAAGAGAGAAGAGAAUCAAGAGUAAAAAGUAUCACAAGAUUCAAAAGAAAGCCAAACGGAAAGAGUUUCUCAAGCAGUUUGAGGAAAUGAUGAAGACAGAUCCUACAGGAGCUCUGGAGGAGCUGAAGAAGAUGGAGAAGUCCAGGAUGGAGGAAAGGAUGUCUCUAAAACAUCAGAACAGUGGCAAGUGGGCCAAAUCCAAAGCUAUCAUGGCCAAAUAUGAUGAUUCGGCUCGUAAAGCAAUGCAAGAGCAGUUACAGGUGAAUAAGAACCUGACUCAGAAGAUGGUGACGAUUUCUGAUGACGAACAAGAAACUCAGGAAGAAGAAUCGGAAGCCGUUCCUGAUUUUGUGAAUGACGUCGAGCCGAUCGUUGACGCCGUCAAUCCCUGGAUGAGAAACAGAAUUCCACGUGAAGAGCCUGAGGUGAUAUGUGUCACAACAGAGCCAUCUCAAACAGUAGAGGAGGAGGAGGAGGAAGAGGAGGAGAAGAAUGAGGAAGAGGAACUACUCGCUGACUUUCAUAGGAAGAGGACGUUGAGGCAGGCAAAUGAAGAUGAUGACGACUUGGUUCCUGUACCACCAGCAGAAGAAGAAGAAGAGAUAGAUAACACGGGUGAGGUGGCGAGAGAGGAGGUGGUUGGAGAAGACGUUGUGAAUAUUUCUGACAGCGACGACGAUGAUGAUGAGGAAGAGGACGUUUCUCAAUUCAACACCCUUUUCAGACUCAUGAGCAGUGAGAAGCCUCGUGAAGCUCCAGGUCAGACACAAGAAGGCCAGGAAGAUGAAGAACAACUGGAUGAAGGACAUGUUCGAGUCAGGACCAUGGAAGAUCUGGAGGCUUUGGGGGAGGUUGACGACCCUCAGCCCAGUGCAUCUACAACCACAUCAACGCCACAAACAGCAACUUCUGAACCACCUGCAAAAAAGAGCAAAGAAAUCGACCUCAAUGCAGUUCUCACCAAAGAAGCCAAAGCCAUCAAAGUGCCCCUAAUGCCAGCUGUGGUUGAGGGCGAUGAAGAGCGUGAGGAGCAGAUCUCCAUCAUCAAGGAGGCUUUUGCUGGAGAUGAUGUCAUUUCAGAUUUCCUCAAAGACAAACGAAAACAGGAAGAGGCAGGAAGACCCAAAGUGGUGGACCUGACGUUGCCCGGUUGGGGGGAAUGGGGUGGUGUUGGUCUUGUUCCCUCUCGAAAAAAACGCAAAAGAUUUAGGAUAAAAAUGGCUCCACCGCCCCCCAGGCAGGAUCAGAAACUGCCUGAUGUCAUCAUAUCAGAGAAAAGAAGUGCAUCCGUUGCUGCCCAUCAGGUCUGUCAGCUGCCGUUUCCCUUUCAAAACCCGAAACAGUUCGAGUCAUGCAUCCGAACUCCUGUCGGUCAGACGUGGAACACGCAGAGCUCCGUGAGGAAGAUGAUCACACCUAAAGUCGUCACUACAAUGGGUGCCAUUAUCGAGCCUUUGGUCAGAGAGGACUUUAUUAAAGAUAAAAGCAGCAUACCGGCCAGUAAAGCUCCAGCCAUUUUCCUGGAAGAUAAGCGUAAAGGAAAAGACGGCAAACGGAUGUCAAAAGACAAACAUAAAGGAAAAGAAUCAAAGAAGAGACGAAAAAACUAAGCAUGAUUUUGAUGUCUGUCAUACAUUAAUGACUUUCGUGGAAUACUUUACGAUAAAGUUGUAUUUGUUAACAUUAACUUAAUGCAUUAGGUAACCUGAACUAACAAUGAACAAUACUUCAACAGCAUUUAAUCUUAGUUCAUGUAACAUUUAAUGCAUCAUAAACUAUAUUGCUCAUUAUUAGUUCCUAUUUGCUAAUGCAUCAACUAAUGUUAACAAAUACAAACUUAUUGUAAAGUGUUACUGCAAAUUGUUUCAAGAAGACACUUUUGUAAUAAAGUUAAAAGGUUUUCAACGCAAUUAUUAUCGCACACAUUUCCAGCAACUGCAGCCCAAUAAAUUUCUUUAAAAUG